AUGGAGCUGUACCUCAGUGCCUGCUCCAAGGCUGCCAAUUUCGCCAACACCAAAACGACCACCAGCGGCCCGUCCACGGACAGCCAGCAGUGUGGAGAUGGCCCACACAAAGCCCACUUCGUGGGGGUCGGACCAGCUCAGCUACUGGACCUGCCUCUGGGAGUCAAGCUGCCUAUGAUCCCAGGAAGUGAUACUGUCUUCUUUACUACGAAGUUAAGUGAAAAGCUUUUUCGGCCUUCUUGUGGUUUUAACCUGACUGAUCCUUACUGUCGACUUUUGGAAAACCAAUAUAAAAGUCUCCAUGAUCCACACUUACGAGCAUACUAUAAGCGCAAAGACAUCCUGAGGAGAUUAAAGAAAGGGGGAUACGUAACCAGAAAUAAUAAAAUUGUAUGUACCUUGAGAGAAUUGAAUAAAUACAGGCACUAUCUUACCAGUUUAAAAUUAGACUUUGAAAGAAACUAUGUGAGAGAACAAAAAAUGCUUGCAAAACAACUACAUAAGCUACAGGAAAACAAUCAAAUUCCUGAUUGUUCUGAUGUUGCACAGCUCCAAAACUGGUUGCUAAUGGAGACUCCUCAAUCUAUGAAGGACCAGGAGAGGUUAAUAAGGCACAGAUACCUGGAUAUGAUAAGUAAGGAACUAGAACAACUUGAGCGCACAGCAGAAGAGCAACGUCUGCUCCUGAUGAACAGAGAAGAAAGACGACAGCGGGAACACACGAGAAGAAAACUCAAUCUCCGUCGAAAAAUGGAAGAAGAGUGGAAAACAAAAGAGAUGUUACUUUUGACAAAGAUUGGAGAAGAUGUUAAAAGAGAACAAAAGAUAGAAGAACAACGACGCAGAAGCAGAGAAGAGAGUGACAGGAAGAAACAAGCCCUUCUAGAGAAAAAAAUGGCUUAUCAUUUACAAAGAAUGCAAGAUAUUGGCUUUAAAGGAGAAGAUGUGGAAAAAAAUACAGUUAAAUACAAAGGACAAGAUGGAACACAAUACGACUAUUCUCCAAAGAAGAAAAAGAAGUCUUCUGAUGAUAUAAAGUUAGUUUAUUCUGUUCCUGACCAGAAAUCAUACCGUUUGACACACUUUCAUCACACUGCAAAUGCUGUUCUUCAGUCUCAAACUAGUUCAAAGAAUGUCAUGAAAAAAUCAGCAACAUCAGUUUUUCAUCAGUCAGAUGUACAGGAUAAUGAUACAUAUCAAAAGAGAGAUGGAAUGACAGCUAACAAAUCAAAUAUUUUUGAUGAUAGAGGAACUGUAAACAUGUCAGCUCAAAAUUCAGUUGUUUCACCUAAAAUUUCAUCCUCAAGAAAUUUCUCCAAAUAUAUACCAUCAUGUACAGAUCCUGCAAAGGAAGAGAAGGAUAUUAAUACUUAUUGGAAUGGAAGACCAAUCAAGAGAUCAAGCUACAUGUGUGACCCAGACUCUCAGGUCCAUGCUGUGGCCCCUGGCAUUUUUUCUUCUCCUGUUUGCUCAAAUAUACAACAGAGUUUCCAAAGAAAUUGCUUGCAAGAAAAAGUAACUUCUGAAGAAUUGAAUAGUAUAAUUCAGAACAUAAUGACCUGGGUUGUGGCUACAGUAACUAGCAUAUUAUACCCAGCCAUCACAAAAUAUGAAGAAAGGUUACAAAGUAAUACAUAUCCACUGUCUGAUGACUCCAUCCUCUCUUCAGAUAGUUCAAGUUUCUGCAGUACAUGCAGUGAAGAGUUUACAUACAGAAGCUACACACCUGAAAUAGCUAGAACAUUUCAGCCAGAUCCCUGUGCAUUUACAGUUGAUGUGUCAGUAAAAAGAACAAACACAACUUUAGAUCCUCCUUCUGCAUAUAUGGAAAGAACAGCUGUUGGGAAAACAUAUAGCACAAAAGGACAGCCCAUAAGCUCUAAACUCAAAUACAAUAAAACCAGCUUCCAAUGUUCGCAUCUUAAGCUCAGAAAUAGUAAGUCUGACAGUCACUUAUUAGCAUCAUUUGAAACAGGCACUAAAAUAUCUAAGGAUGCUACCACUGAAACUGAUAGAACUGACAGCUUGGGGAGUUCAUUUUUUGGUGAUCAAAAAGAAAAAGCCAUGGAUGAAAUAAAGAAUUUAAAAAAUGUUUUUGUUAACUUUAAAUGUUAUUUGAAAGAAGAAACUCAAUUGAUUUUAGAAAGCAUUUUCCAAGAAAUAAUGUCGGAUUUAACCCAGGCAAUUCCCUCUCUUUCUUCUGUUACUGCUGAAGUUUUUGUUGACCAAAAUGAGCCUGAAAAAGAUGAUGUGCUCUCCAAUGUUGAUAUCUCCUCAGUAGCUUCUGAUAUUGUGGAAAACAUGCUUGAGAAAUUAGAAUCUGCAGUUGAGAAAACAUAUGUUGAAAUGUAUUCACAGGAAGACUUGCCAGUUGACAUUAAACCAAGCUUAAAAGCCUGUGAGGAACCUGCAUCAUCAAAUGAAAAACCUUUAAAAGACUCACUGCCUUGUAGUUCAGAACCCAUGUGUGAUAUUGCAGAGAACAUGGUACAAGAUAUUUUAGAAAGGCUGAAGACUCUUGCAUCUUAUAAACAAAAUGAACUUCCUCAUCCUGAAGACACAGCGAAACUUUCCUAUCAGCAACUUACGACAGAGCCAACAUAUAUAUUCCUUCAAAGAGAGGACAGUAAAAAAUCUAGUUCUGAACCUGAUGCAGCUAAUUUAGCUGUCAAAGAAGAAAUACAGAAUUUAAUAUCAAAAAUUUUUUCCCAGUCCUCUUUGGUCGGUUAUAUAGAAGAAGCAAUCAGCACCAUACUAGGCUAUGUACAAACUGAACUUAAUGAUGAGACACUUAUUGCAUCUGAAGAAACAGUAGUACUCCUUCAGCUAUUUGAUGAUAUUUUCACUCAGCUCCAUCAGGAACCUGAAAAUGCAGGUGUUCAAAAAAGUAGACAAUCUAGAGUAAAAACGACUUCUGACACUGAAGAAAAGUACAGACUUGCUGGCACUAGAUUAUCUAAUCAUGCUAAGCCUGGAAGAUCAUUUUCACCUAUUAAUGUUCCAGGCAUGGCCCUUUAUUCUGAAGAUGAUAAUGAAGAGAUAGAUAAGAUGGUAAAAAGUGUGAUUGAUUCAUCUUUCAAGGAGGAGAAAACAAAAUCACAAAAACAGAUUCCUAAGCAACAGUUGACAAAGGGAAACACUGGUUUUGAACACAAAACAAAUAUUGAACCACCUACAAAAUCUGCUCCUAGAAGCAAAGUUGUAUUUCAUGACUGGGAAUUAAAGUCUGAGCUACCACCUCUUAAUAAUGAUGGCAUUGUAAAGAAAAAGGUCCGCUUGAAUAAAGACGUUUCCUUUUUUGGCCAAGAUCAAAAACAUCAAAUACAAAAGGCUUCAGAAAACAUAGUUAAAGUUGUUUUAACAGAAAUGCUCAAGGAGGUACCUUCUGUUCCUCCUGGUCAGUUAGAUAACAAAGGACUGUCAUAUCAAGAGGGGAUGGACCAUAUGUUCUCUGUAUCAGAAAUUAAUACAGUAGCCCAAGAAAUAACAGAUGCUGUGUUAAAUAUACUUCAUAAGGCAUCAGGCUGCAUUUCUAAUACCAUUAAAACUUCCAUUUCAUCAUCAGUUCAUCAAACUUCACUAAAUAAUUUUGAAACUCAUCCCACAAUCAAGGAAACACCAAAUAAAAAGCCAUUGAAAAUAUGGUUUGACAGUGAAAAGAAAAUGAAAUACUUAUCUGUAGAUCCUACAGAUAGUUCCCGGGUAAAAUUUCAAGGAAGUGACUCUCAACCCGUAGAGGACAUUAACGACAAGAUCAUAGAUACAAUUUUUAAAAGGCUGAAGUUAUUUGUUUGUCCAAAAUUGCAAAGGGACUUCAAAACUUCACUUGCCAAGCAAUCUUCAUUACAAUCUCAACUUAGUUCUUAUACAGCUAAAAUAGUAAACAUCGUUUUGAGUGCUAUCCAGAAUGAAUUGGAACUCAGUAAGGAAAAUCUAAAUCUUAGGGAAAUCAACCAUACCAAAAUCCUUCCAAAAGAGAAAAGAUAUUUUGAUGACACUGAUAGUAAAUUAAAAUCUGUUGCAACAAAUGUCAAUGAUGACAUUAUGGCAAGUCCAUUAUUAACUUGUAUUUGUGAAAUGUUAUCAAGUAAAAAUGCAGACCAAAGAAAUGCUUCACUUCUUUCAGAGUCCACAACUUCAUAUGGAUCUGAGAACACUGAUAAACAAAAUACUUUGCCAAGUAGGCAGGAUAAAAAAACUGUUUACAAAAAUCUGUCUACUCCCUGUGCUCUCCACAGUGUCAUUGAUGGGAAAGAUCUCAAAGAGAAUGGCAAAUUACAAGUGCUAGACAGAAUUGCAGAGACACUACAUGAAAUGUUAAGCAAGCUCACAGAAACCCACACUCACUCUCAGCCAUCUUGUAGUCACCAAAACAGAGAGAAGAUUAAUGGAAAUCAGCAAACUGCUGCAUCGAAGUCUAAUAUUCAUCUCAUUUCCAAAGCCAUUUUGGAAUAUAUUCUUGCAAAAUUAUGCUGUAUUGACAUGGACACCAGUUGUGCAAAUUCUGGACUGAAAGCUCUCUCUGAGUCGCUUGACAUUGACAAACUAUCUUUUACUUCAAUUAUUGAGGAAAUGGGCAAAUGCACCGACAUCAUCUCCAGCAUUGUUUCCAUAAUGAUUCAGGAAGACAAUAAAGAGGCAACCAAAAGCAAUGCAAAUAUUGCUCCUGUGUCUUCCAAAACAGAGAGAACUAAAGAAACACACCCAAAUAAACUGAAAGCUGCAGCUUCAGAUAUUGUUAAUAUGGUCUUUGCUGAACUGGAAGGGUUUGCCAGUGGAAAUUUAGGAACUAAAGAUGCUGUUAAUGAAGAAAAUGAGAAGAUCGGUAAAAUGGAUUGGGAGUAUGAAAAUACCAGUAUUUUCACAGACACAAAUGUGGAAUCAUUGCAGUCUGCUUUAUACAUGCAUGCAAAGAAGAUAUCAAAUGCUAUUUUGAAGGCUAUUCAGACAGAAUUAAAUGAGAAUUCAUCAGAUUCGAAAAGAGGUGUUAAAAAUCCACCACCUGAGGCACAAAUUUUUAAGGAUAUAGUCAAUUUAGUUUUAGACGCAGUAUCCUCAACUAUAAUUAAUGAAACUGAAUCUGCAGAGUGUGGCAUUGAAGAUUAUCACUACAGGCCAACUUAUGGAAAUUUUCUUCCUGGAGGAGCUGAAUCAGAUUCAUUUCUAGAAGAUGAUGCACAUACAGAGAAAAUACUUAUCAGACAGACAUCACAACUAAGAGGAGAAAAUAAAACACGUUCUCUUGAACAAUGGGUUCUCGAAAGAGCCUUAAAUGAAAUUGAAGUAAAACUCAAAGAACCACAUAAAUCUCCAGUUGCUCCCAUUAUAAGAAAUAUUUUGAAGGAAAUUUUUCAAAAUGCUUUAAUAAGUCAAUUAAGUGUGCUUUCUCUCUCCCACUCUCCUUUUAGUGGUAUGUCUCACAAUGUUGAUGAGCCAAUUGCUCAGACAUCUGUUCCAUUUAUUGAUAAAAUGAUGGGUCCUUUUGUGUCUGAAGGUGAUGUAACCAUAGUAACAGAUAAUAUUGUUAGAACUGUAUUUCAUAAACUUUAUUUAGCUGCCAUGAAAGGAAGAAAUGUAAGUAAAAAUAAGUAUAAAAGUAUUACCUUUUCAGCAAAUGAUUCUUUUCCUGAGCACACCUAUAAAAGAAAGUCUUCUGUCACACUUUUGGACAGAAACCCACAUAUUCUCCAAUCCAGAUUCAGUGUUGAUAAGCAGACCAAGGUAAAUGUAGUUGAAGACAUUGUACAGGCAAUAUUAACAAAUUUAGAAACUUUUGCUACUUCCAAAGUAACAUCUCUCUUUUUUCCCCAAGAGAACUUCACAGUUCCCAUGCCUUUAUCUAUUGAGGAAAAUAAGACUACAUCGAGGAAAGCAUUAUUAGCUAAAGAUUCAUAUUCAGAUGAGCAAUCUUCCUGUUCCUCAGUGGAUCAUAUUAAGUUAGGAAAUACCAACUUUUGCCAACUGCCGUCAUCUAAAUUAAAUUCUUAUGCAACAGAAGUGGCUAGAAAAAUUUUACAAGGUAUAAAACAUGAGUUAGAUAAAGAAAGGAAAAAUCCUUUCUCAACUCCUAACAUUGUGGUUUCUGAUAGCAUUGCAAGUCAAAUUGUUAACACAGUGUUAGAUAUUGUAUCACUUAAAAGCAAAUGUGACAGAAAUUCUGACAAAAACAAUUCUGACAAAAAACUUGACUCAGGUCAGCAAGAAGGUAUUAUUGAAACGCUGUUCAAUAAGACUGAAUAUCGAAAAGUACUUCAGUUUCAAAUACAAGAUACCAUUGAAGGUAUCUUGUGUGACAUUUAUGAAAAAACAGUGUAUCAGAAUAAUCUCUCAUAUGCCACACCUACUCUGAAAUGUAGCACAGCCAGUAAACAUUCAGAAGCAAAUUCUGAAAUGUUCAUUGAGAGUGCAAAUAAGAUUAUUCCAAAACUUUCAGUUCCUAAAUCAGAUGUCAUUUUGAUAUCCAAUGAUAUAGUGAACCUUGUUCUUCAUAAUCUCAGUACGUCUCUAAUGCUUGUCAUGAAUGCAAAGACUUCUCCUUCAGCAAGAUUGCCCCUGACCUUUUGUGAUACAUUUCCCCAAACAGAGUGUCAAGACUUUCAUCUUAAGGCUUCAAAAAGUGAAAGAAAAACUGUGUCUUUUCCAUGCUCAAGAAAUCAGAAGUCAUCUUAUGCUGAUGAUAAUCAGAAAACUGUAGUAAAGAAAGAGGACAUCAAGAAAUCUGCUCUUGACCUAUGUGAGGAAAGUGUUAAUUUCAUUGCUAAAACUGUUUUCAAUCAUUUAGAAUCUUUUGCCACAGAAAGAAUAGAUUCAUUAAUUACUUUUGCUUUCCAGCCUAAUGAAAAGUCAUUCGUUAGCACAGAAUUGGGGAACUGUAAACAAGAUCAGAGCAUUUUUCAUGAAUCAAGCCAAGUAGAAUCGAAUGUGAAUGUCUGCAGACUAUCAACAGCUGAAACCAUUCUCAGUCAAGAGCUCACAGACUCCGCUUUUGCCAGUGACAGGAAAAAGGCUGGAUCCAUAAUUCAUGUAUCACAAGCUAUCCUUAAGAAAUAUGCUAAUAUCAUUGCCAGUGCCACCUUGAAGCUUAUUAAAAAUGAUUUAGACUUAGAAAUCCAAAAGAUAUAUCCAUAUUCAGAUAAUAUUUUAUUCCAAGAAAAUACCAUUGUGAGUGAAAUCAUCAACACUAUGCUAAAGAUUUUAGAUAGAAGAUCUGUAAAGGAAAUUGGUUUUUACUCAAAAGAGAAUCCCAACUUUUCACAAUUAACUGAAUCAAAUGCAAUAUCACUGCAGAAGGAAGGAAAACAGAAGGAAGGAAAAACCAAACAAUCUGUGUUUACAAAGAAUCAACUAGAACAAAAUCAAAUGAUAUCAGCAAAGAAAACCCAAAGAAUUGUUUUGGAAGAAAUAUUUAUGAGAAAUAAAGACUCUAAACAAAAAGAAAAUAAUGAAUUGCUGACUAUAGUGGAAGAACAUUUGAAUAAAUUGUAUCAAAGAGUAAUGGAAGUUAUAGGCCAUUUGCCUCCACCUAAUGAAAUUUCAAAUUUUACAUCUAAUUCCAAAGUUAAAACUUCAGGCAUAACACAAAAAGUUUUUCAAGCACAUAUUAACACUGUAGCAAAUGACAUAGUUGAAAGUGUCUUGGGAAAAAUGUACUCUGUAGUUGUGACAUCAAUAUAUGAAAAUAAUAAAAGGAAAGAAACAGAAAUGACUGACAACAAAGAUCCCUCACUAUUGAAACCAUCAAGGUGCAGAGAAACUAAACAAGCAGGAGAAAGAAGUAACUCUCCCAGAUACGCAGUAUCACAGGUUCGUUCUUACGCAGACAAUCAAAAUGUCUCUGUGUUGGAAAAGCUUUUUUUGCAAUAUUCACCAUCGCAAGUAGAAAAAGAUUUAGUUCAAAUAGUUCUCGAUAAAAUCACAAAUUUUGUCUCACAUUAUCUAGAUGAAAAUUUGGCCUCUGAAAUUUGUUCUGAUGAGACACAUCUUCUAAGGCUACCCGUUUCUAAAGACAGCCCUAAGAACAGCCCUAAGCCAAGUUUUAAAACAAGUUUGAAACCAAGAUCAAAAGGUAGCUCUUUGCCUAAAGUUACAAUAAAACCACACCUAGGCCCAAAUGGUGCUAAGGCCAAAAGCAAGACCAAGUUGGGUCCCGGGGAGAAGAUUACAAAAGACAGCCAGUCCAAGACUGCCACUGGACUGCCAAACGUUCAACCAACAGGAGACGCCAAAAAUUUACUGGAAACAAAAUUACCCACUUCAGAAUUAAAAAUGUUUGCAAAAGACAUAAUAAGUAAUAUCCUGGAAGCAGUUGUGAAAGAAUUUGAAAAGGUGAAAAAAAACAGAGCAAUGGUAAAUAUGAAAGCUUUGCCAUCUGAUCAAAUUGUGGCAGCAAAUAAAAUAGUUAACAUGGUUUUACAAGAAUUACAUGUUACAAAAAAGCAUCCGUUAGAUUACCCAUUAAAAUUCUCACAUUUGGAUGACCUCAAACUUUCACAGGGGAAUAUAGGUUCAGAGACCCUUACCAAUCAAGCCUGUUUUUACUUGGAGAAUGUUUCUUCACAGCUAGAACAAAUUUUUCCUAAGGAAGGUAUAUUUAAAAAAAUGUUUGACAAAUGGCAGACAGAAUCAAAUGACAUGGAAAAUGACAAAUGUAAGCUAUUGACAAUUGCUGAAAAUGUUUUGACUGAAAUUUCAAUAAAAGCAAAAGAAUUAGAAUAUUCUCUUUCACUUUUAAAUUUGCCACCUCUUGAGAAUUGUGAAAGCAGGUUUUAUCAUCGUCUUAAAGGAGCUUCGGCUAGAGCCGAAGAUACCAAAGCACAAAUUAAUAUGUUUGGAAGGGAAAUUGUUGAAAUGCUAUUUGAAAAAUUACAGCUUUGUUUUUUGGCUCAAUUGCCCACUCCGGAUUAUAAAGAAAUUCCAGCAAACACUAAAGAACACAUUUCUGCUAAAAGUAAAUAUGGUUUUCCAUGCAAGCAAAUCCCCAGCAGUUUACCAUUCUCUACUACGAGGACAAAAGACAAAUUUUCUGUGAGCUCUAGCAACCAAAUUGUUCAAGACAUCAUAGAAAGGGUUUUAAAUAUAUUAGAGUCAUUUGUGGACUUGAAGUUUAAACAUAUCUCUAAAUAUGAGUUUUCUGAAAUAGUGAAAAUGCCUAUAGAAAACCUUUUUCCUGUCCAGCAGAGACUAUUAAGCAAAAAGAUGUUGCCAAGAUUACAAUCACUAAAAAUACUUUCUGAUGAAUCCAAGUUAAGUACUAUUUCCAAGGAAAAUAUACAGAAUACCCUUCUACAGGUUCAUUCAUUCCAUUCAGAGUUACUUAUAUAUGCUGUCAGUAUUGUCAGUGACAUGCUUGGCAUGAUUAAGAACAAGCUAGACAAAGAAAUAAGCCAAAUGGAACCAUCUUCAAUUAGUAUUUUGAAAGAGAACUUUGUAGCAAGUGAUAUCAUUGGCACACUAAUGGACCAGUGUACUCAUUUCAAUGAGUCUUUGAUCAAAAACCUUGCACAGGAAAAUUUGUUGCAAGGAGCUGAAAAUGCGUACAUUGUUAACCAGGUUAGAUUUGAAACUCAUAUGAAAAUGCCCACAUCAAAGUUAAAGGAAACUAGUUUGGGUAAUAAGUCUCCACAAAUGAGUGUCCCUGGCUUGGUGUUUUAUUCAGAGGAAGAUAGGGAAAAGAAAUGUAAGAUUUCAUCAAAUUUACCCUCAUAUGUCAGAUCCGCUGUAGAUGACACAAUCAAAAGCUUAGAGCCAGUGGAAAGGCCUGAUUCAGAAGCUACACCAUCAUAUUCUGUACACAAAGUACAAGAUCACAGCCCAAGAAAACCUAACUUUGGCUAUUUUGAUGAAGUGGUGACAGGAAAUAGCUUCCUUCCUGAAGGCAGUGUCUUACAAAAACUUUUUAAGAAAGCAAAUGAUUCCACAGAAACAGCAUUAAAGCAAGUCAUGUCAUUUAUGGAAAUAGGAAAAAGUGAAAAUCCCAGAGUGUUUCAUUAUGAGACCCUAAAAGAAGUUGUUGAUCCAAAUCAAAUUCAGACAACUGUUCCUCCACUCAAAAUAUGUUUAGCUGCAGAAAACAUUGUCAACACUGUGCUGUCCAGCUAUGGCAUUCCAAGUCAACCCCACACUAAUGAAAGCGAGGCAAUGAAACCAUUUUUCAUAUCAAAGCAAAGCCCUUUUUCUGAGGUAUGUGGAGGACAAAAGAAUGAGGAGAACAGUUUGCUUAGAAUGUGGCAUAGAAGAAUCAGCUGUGUACCUGAAGAAGAAAACAACAACCCUGAAGUCAGCAGGAUAGAUUCUUCUUUAUUGCACAAAUGGCAUAAAAAUAAGUACCCAAAGAAAACAGAAUCACUGAAUGAAAUUGAAAUCAUUGCUUUUGCUGAUCAUGAACUGGGUCUCAGCGAAAUUCAUUCAAUAGCAAGGCAUGUCACCACAUCUGUGGUCACACAUCUAAAGAACUUCAGGACUAAAGUUUCCAGUGAGGAGAAAGUGUCUAUUAUUUCUACAUUGUCAAGGAAAAAAUAUGAAUCAAAACAGCCUCAAAAAAGUACAUACAAUGAUGCUUUGAUUUAUCAAUUUUGUGAGCAUCUCACUGAGUCAGUCAUUUACCAUUUAAUAUCAAGCAUUUCUGAUGGCACCAAAGAAAGAGAAAAAGAGAAAGUAUCAGAAAUCCAAGAAGCAGCAUUUAACAAGAUUCUGUCAGUGCAUUCUCAAGUGUUUGAGAGCAGGUCAAUUUCUAUUGGAGAACUUGCUUUAAAUAUUUCUGAAAUAAUUAUUAAAAUACUUUGUAAUAGUAACAUUAUAAAGGCUGACAAUGUACAGCAAAUAUGUUCCAUAAAAACAAAUUUCAUUUACUGUCCAGGAGUAGCUUCUGCUGACUUUGAUAACCUCUUUCAGGAUCUCUCAAUAGGAGUAAUUCAUGUACUGUCUAAAGAAAUUGGAAUAAAUCAACACUUUGAAAACAACAGAGGAAACAAAUUAUGUUCCAUGGUUAGGAAUAAUAGUGUGUCCAUUUGUGACAAAACCAAUACUGUGGAAACAGAGACAGGCCCUAGAGAUUGGCAGUCAUCUAUUCAACAAAUGGAGCAACUAGUUCAAAAAAAAAAAUUAAAGCAUCUUGCACAUAAGUUAGACAACCUAGUUGGUAACCUAAAAACAAAUGAAUCCAAAGAAGUAGUCAAUAAAGUUUUUAAUAUUGUUUUAGACUUAUUUUUGCCUGAUGAAUGCCCAGAUAGGGCUACAGAUUCUGGAGAAACAGCAAGAACAUUUUUCUCCUCCCCAAAGAAUCAACAAAAUAAUAGCAUACUUACGAAUAACCUAGGGCUCUCCCCCAAAUCUGUUUUUCUUCUUAAUAUUGUGUGUGAGAAACUUAUUAGAAUACUUUUGGAAAAAUGUACAAAUGCUGUCUCUCUUGAUAACGAUCCUAUUUCUAAAGAAAUACCAGCAGAAGAACGCCAACUUUUAAAAAUACUUCAAAAUGUAGAAGAUGGAAAAUUUGAUUUUUUAAAGAGAGCAACGGAUUGUGAAAAACUUCAUGGCAAUUACAUGCCAGACCCUUUGGAAAAUAUGGAAGAAAUUGAUCAAGAUUUAUUGUCAUCAGACUCUGUCCUUACUGUUAUUUCCCACAGUUUAGUUAAAUCUUUGAUGGACAAAUUAGUUCACAGUAUACAACAAACUCCUGAAAGUCCACCUUUUACAAAUGAACAUUUGAACUGCAGAACAAGAGAAAUACAAUCUAGUUUCACGAAAACAAAAAGGUCAGAAUUAAUAGAAUCAGGACAAAGUCAAGGUUCUUUAGGAUUUGUGAGUUAUGACAGUAAUUCUUUGAGAGAAUCCCUAAACAAUACCAGUGUGGUAGGCUCCAAAAUGAAAGCACCAUUUUGCAAGAAAUCCAAAGUAAAAUCAUCUUCUGUGUCUCCUCUCAAAAAACAUGGAACAAAGAAAAUGGAUACAGUAGGCAUUCACAACAAGCUACAUCAAGGAGGUGUGAAUACAGGUGUUUAUUCAGCCACAUUUUUGGAAGAAAUAAUUUCAGAAUUGUUUUCUAAUCUCUCUACCUCAUUGUGGUGCAAAAAUAAGAACAUCACUGAGGCCCGGCUGUAUGAGAUGAAUACAUUAUUUAUUAACAAUGUAGUGAAUGAAUUUAAUAACAUUCCAGUCCCUGUUCUCCGAUAUGCUGAAGAAAGGUUGUGUUUUCCACCAGUCCCUAAAGAAACUGUUAGUAAGAUCGUUGACUCAGUUUAUUAUGAUGUUUUACAGCAAUAUGAAACAAAAGUGACCUGUAGUAAUAAUCUAUCAUAUGACAAUACCUCACUAGCAGAAGAAAUAACUAAUGGCAUAUUGUUAGAGAUUUUAGACUACCAACUCCCAUCUUCCUGUAGGGCACAGCUCAUGCCCCACUCUUAUUACCCUCUCCAAGCUGAAAUUAUACUGCAAAAGCUUCAAAAUAACCUGAGAGAAUUUAUUUCCCUACCCAAGUCUUCAGCAGGCUAUCGUACUAUGUUAUCACACUCAUUUUUAGAAGAUGUCGUCAGAAAGAUUUUAUCUCAGCUCAUUUCUCCACCUCAUAAGGCUUCCUUCUUUAGAAAGCAGUAUUUACCGAGUGUGGAUUUUAAUGAAAUGUCCACCCGUAUAACAAAUAAGGUUAUGUCAGCCAUUUCAAAGCAUAAAAUAUGGUUCACUAUAUAUGAUAAUCAAGAUCUAUGUACUGGAACAAACCUCCAAAAGAUGGUGGAUGCUGUUUAUACUAAUAUUUUGCAAAUGUCUGACUCUCUUGCUUCAGUACAGAGAAGCAUAAUCAGCCGAAGCCCAAUGAUAGUUGACCGAAUAGCCAGUUUUAUUAUCCAAGAGAUUAUUGAAAAUCAUCUUCAGCCAUUUUUGUGUGGAGAACUUUUACCUCGUCCAAGGACUCCACUGGAUGCAGUCUCUAAUAUGGUGAAGCAGGUUCUCAGUGAAGUCAUAGAAUCAGACAGACCCCAGAAGCCAUUGCCCUUGGGUGUUUACCCAGAUACAUUUGUAGGGGAGAUUGUUGCCAGACUUUUAUCAAAGAUUUUCAACCCAAAGCAUAACACUGCAGUUGAGCUGCAAGGCAUGACCAAAAAAAUAGUAAACUCAAUAAAUAAUCAUUUUGAUGAAGCUAAAAUUCAUAUUCCACGUGAUGACAAAGAGCAGUGUUUCCCCUCUGCCAAUACGGAUAUUAUAGAUGAACUUGUCACCUUAGUUUACGGAAAUGUUUUAAAACAGUAUGGGCUCGAUCCUGACAUUGAUAAAGAGCCAGAAGAUACUGACAAUUUUGUAGAAAAUAUUACCAAUUUAAUUAUAGCAACUAUUUCAGAUUACCUUCUUCAUCCACUAUUUUCUGGGGAUUUGUCUGCUUCUUCCUAUUCUAUUUCAGUGGCUGAGACUAUUGUCCAGGAAAUUCUCAGUAACAUCAGUAAAUCUAUCAAGUCAAGCCAGAGUUUACCUCUGUAUAACACCUUGCUGCCGUACACAUUUUUAGAAGACAUGAUCAGAGUACUGUUAUCUAAAUUCUUUCCUUCUGCAUCUAGCAUGGUUCCUAACAAAGAAACUCCUAAACAUAGAACAAAAUUGAAUUUCAAUGAAAUUGCUUCUAACCUAAUUAGUGAUAUUAGGAUGAAAAUUUCCCAACAUGAAAUUCGAUUUUCAAAAGAUGAAGAAGAAACCAAGUUUGUUUAUUCAGAAGAUGAUGUUCAGCAUCUUGUUGACUCAGUAUUCAAAAAUAUUUUACAAAAUUCUGAGUCUCAAGAAUCAGUUGAACAAAGUAUCACAAGCAGUAGUGAUUCUCUUAUUGAUAAGAUAGCAGGUUUUAUCAUCAAAUAUAUCUGUCAACAACAUCUUCAGCCGUUUGUGGAUGGAAAGGCACUAUCUUCUUCAUCAUAUACAUGUUUUGGUGAUGAAAGAAGGCAAUUAUUUUAUGGCAGUGUUUAUUCCUCAACAUUUUUAGAAGAUGUGGUCUCUGGAGUAUUAAGCAAAAUAUUCCACAGAGUAGUAGGCAUUGUACAAACAAAAUCAGUAAGAGAUUCAGAAGAUGAACUGUUUGAUAAAGCUGAAAAACUCAUACACUUUAUAACAGAGGAAUUCUCAAAAGCCCAGGUUAGUGUUUUAGAUAAUGCUGAGGAACAAUUUUGUUUGCCUCCAGUGGAGAGAGAUGUGGUAAAUAAAACUAUUGACAUGGUGUACAGCAAAAUUUUGCAAGAAUAUGAAAUGAAAAUAAUGCCCAAUAAAGAUUUUCUAAAUGACCCAAAGACAUUGGCUGAAAGGGUAACUAAAAUCAUCCUGUCCGAAAUUAUUAUUUUUCAAAUACAUCCAAAUCUUAUAGCAAAACUACCUUUUAGGUCACAUUCCAAACUCAAUGCAAAUGUUUUAAUAAAUAAAGUCCAACACAGUAUUAGUAAAUCAAGAUUCCGAAGACAAGCUUCAACAAUAUAUACAACUAUGUUAUCACAUACUCAUUUGGAAAAAAUAAUCACUCAGCUUGUAUCUAAGAUGAGUCCAUUGGCCUCUGGUGAAGAACAUUUAGGUAUUUCUCAAUCAGAUUUAAGUAAUACAGUCAUAAAAUUGAUAAAUGAAAUAAUGUCAAUAAUUUCGAAACAUGCAAUAUGUAUUGUCAAACAUGGGAAUGAAAAACAAAGUAUGAUUUCAGAAAAAACUAUCCAGUCUAUGGUUGAUUCCAUUUAUGCUGAUCUUUCUCAUUCAAAUCUGUACCAGUCUCUUACAAAAGAUAAAAAAGGCAUAAGUAAUAUACCUGUGUCACAAGUAGCAAGUUUUAUAAUAAAAGAAAUUUUUAACCAUCAUCUUCAAUCAUUUGUAUCUGGAGAUAAAUCUCUUCUUUCAGCUGCAGUUGAUCAAACUUAUCAACCGACAGCAGUAGAUUCUAAACAAAGGGAACUGUCUCUUAUUGUGAACUCAGCUGUCUUUUUGGAGGAAGUGAUUUCUGAGCUUUUAUGCAAAAUCCUGUAUGCAUUUUCACAUAAUGUUUCAGCUGCUGAAAACCCAGAUAGAGCAAAAGCCAAAAUCACUGAGAUUGUUACAACAUUGGUAAAUUUUAUUGUUACAGAAUUCACUACAUCAGAGAUUUUUGUUGCAGAUAACUUGGAUAAAAAUCUGUGUUUUUCAGAAAAAUACAAAGAAAUGGUUCAAAAAACAGUUUAUUCAAUUUAUGAAAAAAUUUUAGAUGAAUAUAAAUCUCUGAUUAACAUAUAUAGAGUUAUACAAAGUGACACUCUCUGUUUUGGAAGGAAAAUAUAUCAUUUGCUAUUGGAAGAAAUUUAUGAUUACCAGGUACAAUCAUUAGUUUCAGGAGAAUUAGAGUCUUCUUCCUAUUCUUCCCCUCAAGCUGAUAAUAUCAUCACACGUGUGCUUAACGUCAUCAUGAAGGACAGUCAUGCCUUGCCAUCAUGUAUGACUGUACUGCCUCGUUCUCUUUUAGAAGAUAUGAUUUACAAGCUCCUACUGCACAUCUUCCCUUCAGCUCACAAUGAAAAUGAUCUACAAGAGGAAGAUGUUCCAACAGAUUAUGAGUUUGAGGAUGCAGCUUCAAAUCUAACUGAAGAAAUUAUAAAAGAAAUUUCUGAACAUGAGAUCCGACUUUCCAUGGAAGAAGAUAAUGCUGAAAGUACACCAUUAGAAGCUGUUGAAAAUUUGGUUGACUCCAUAUGUAAUAAUAUUCUGAAAAAAUCUGAAUUCCAAGAUGAAGUACAAAAAAGUGAAGACACAAAUGGAGACUCAUUCCUCAGUAAAAUAGCUGGCUUCAUUAUGAAAGAAAUCAUGGAUCAUCAUUUACAGCCAUUUUUACAUGGUGAAGAAUCAUCUUUCAGUGAUAAGGACCAUGUCUCUGAACCUUCCAAAUCUGCUAAAGAAAAGACACAACCUUCUCUAUAUUCAGCUACAUUUUUGGAAGAUGUAAUUGUUGACCUUGUUCAUAAAUUUUGUUCUCUCCCCAUUAUUUCUGAAGAUUCUAAGGACAAAGAAACACCAGAGCUAGACACUGUGGGCUUGGCUGUAAAAUUUGCAAAUUCUCUGAUUGGAGAAUUUAAGAAAAGUAAAAUUAAAGUUUUACCAAAUGCUGAAAAACUAUUUUCUUUCCCACCAAUUGAAAAAGAGACAGUGGAUAAGAUAUCUGAUUUUGUAUAUGACCAGUUCAUAGGAAAAUGUGAAUCCAAUGGUGUGCAGAAAAAUGAUAAAAAUGACAUGUUUAUAGAAAUGAUUUGUGAUUUAGCUCAGAAAGCAAUCUCUGCAUUCAAGAUUCAACCUCUUUUUUCAGGGGACUGGUCUUCCAUCUUCUUUUCAUUUCUAAAUCCAGAGAACAUCACCCAAAGAGUUCAACACUUACCGCGAAACACCUCUACACAGGUAAUCAGUUGCUUGAAAGGGAAUGAACUUACUCUGCCACAACAAUCAUAUAAAUCCACUUCUUUAACCUCAGACCAGAAAAAUAUGACGGACACUCUGGAAAUAAAUAAAGGUACAAUGAGUAGAAAGCAAAGUUCUAAAACCAAGACCAUCUCAAUGAAAAAAGAUGACAUCCAAAAUCCAAUACUUACUUCUAUAACUGCCAUUAUGAAAAGCAACAUGUUUAACCUGAUGUCAGGGUCAGCUGCAGAUACGACAAAUAAAAAGAAAGAAGAUAAAAAUAAAAUGGGAAGUUCUAGUCAAAAAUAUAGUGAGAAUGUAUCAAAAGUUUCUUCUCCAACUAGCAGUAUGAAGAAAAAAGAUCCUGUGGAGACAGAUUGGAGUGAAAAACUUAAAAAUGAUGAAAUGGACAAAAAAAGAAAAUUAGCUCCAGAAGAUAAAGAAGAUCAAGGUGAUGAUGUGCAUACACAUUUUUCAGUAGAUUUUGAUGAUCUGGAAUAUGAGAGGGAAGUACUUGAAUCAGAUUUCAAAAAAGACAAUGAUAAGAUAAUUGACAAUACAAGAGAAAGAUCAUUUAAGCAAGACAAGAAGUCCUUUCAAGCAUCUUCUUUGGAAUCCCAGGAGAAAAACAUAGAGACCCCCAAAGUGAAGAGUUUAGAAAUAGUAUCCCAAAAGUCAAGCAAUGAGGACAAGAGAGAAUUUGCAGUUCAAACAGAUAUGCACGAGGUACAGUACUCAGAUUAUGAACAUGUUCAAAAUGUCAUUGAAAAUAUUUAUGAUGAUGUUUUAGUAUUAUCUUAUCAAGAACCAUCAGAUAUUUCAAAAUUAAGAUACAAUAAAAGCCCCUCACAUGAUAAAGCAUUAAAUGUAAUUCAAGAAGCUAGCAAGGAUUUAGUAGAGCCUGUUACAGUGGAAAAUUUAUCCUUCUCAACUAACACAAAUGUCCCUUUCAAAGAAAAAGAUGAGAGAGAGGAAGAGAGAGUAAGAGAAAAAGAGGCAGAGAAAGAAAAAGUAAAAGAAAAGGAGAUUCAAAGUAAACCUAGUAUACAAGACUUUCCUCAGAACUCACCAGAAAGUAAACCUGGGAUUUUUCCUGCUAAAUUGUUAGAAGAUGUUAUUACUGAGUUGGUUAACAAAUUGAUUUUUUCUUCCUUACCUGAAACCCAAGCACAUGACAGAUGUCAAAAUAUAAAUGACGAUGAAAAUCAAGCUGAACUCUAUGAUACUGCUAUGAAACUCAUUGAUUCACUGCUCAAGGAGUUUUCAGAUGCUCAAAUUAAGGUAUUUAGGCCAGAUAAGGGAAAUCAACAUUCUCCACCUGUAGGCAAAGAGUCUUCAGUUUCUAAAAUGCCUUCCAGCUAUAAAGAACCAAGUACAGAUAAAACAUCACCCAGCAUUAUGACAAAAACUGAGGAUAAACUGCCAUGUCCACAUAAAAUGUCUAAAAUAUCCUCUUCAGAUAAGAUAUCUUCCAUAGAUAAAAUACCAUCAGUUGAUAAAUCAUUUGUCAAUAAAGUUGUUCAUUCCUCUGUUUGCAGUAUUUUGAAGGAAUAUAAAUCACAAGACUCCAUUUGUAAGAAUAUAAAUAGUGAUGGAGAAAAUCUAGCAAGGCAGCUAUCUAGUGCAGUGAUAAAUGAAAUUUUUCAACAUCAGCUUAACUUGAUAUUUUGUGAUGAUAUUCCAGUUUCAGCAUGUCUGCCUCUGGAAUCGAAGGAUGUUUUUAAAAAAGUCCAAAGGGUGGCCAAAACAGCCAGCAAAGAAUGUCAGACAUCAUCACCAUAUACCAUAAUGUUGCCUCAUAAAUUUUUAGACAAUGUGAUUUCUGCUCUUUUAUCUAAAUUUUUCUCAAGAAUAUCCAGUACCAAAGCAAAACAUUUUGAAAGGUAUUUGUUCACAGAACUGGAUGUCCUUCAUAUGAAGUUAGUAAGUACAGUUGCAGCCCAUAUCUCGAAAAAUGAAGAUAUGACUAUACAGUAUGUAGAACCCUUACAGUCCAAUGAUGAUGAAAUUAUUCAAUUAGUGGCUCAGUCUAUUUAUAAUAAUCUCUUGCCACAGUUCGGAUCAGAAGAGAUUAUACAAAAUUGCAUAACUAGUGGAUGCAAAAUCCUUUCAGAAACCAUAGUUGACUUAGUUCUUCAAGAAGUGGCUAGCAAUCAGAUGCAGAACUAUUUUUGUGGAGACCUAACACCAAAUCAGUGUGCGGAAGUUGAAAGUGUUGUUGAAAAUAUCCUUAAAGAAGUUAUCAGAACUCCCAACAUUCCCCCACAUGAAUCAUCACAUGCUCCUAAACUGUCUUACAACAUAGUGGAAGCAAUCGCUGUAAAAUUUUUAUCGAAGCUUUUAUCUGUGUUUCCAAACAUGCAUAAGGAACGAAGCAAAUCCCCAGAAACUGAAAUGCAAAAAAUAUCCUCAAAAAUAUUAAAUUCAGUCCAAGAAUUUAUCUCUAAAAGUAAGAUUAAACUUGUAGCAGCAGCCAAGGAACCACCUACUGUGCCUUUGGCUGACAAUGCAGUUAUUGACAAAGUAGUGAAUUCUGUUUAUACAAGUGUUUUAACGCACUCUGGUUCUCUAGCUUCUGUAUUUAAAGAUUUAAUGGGUCAGAGCAAUGCCCUCUCUGAUAUAAUAGGUUUUUUAAUGGUUAAGGAAAUUUCUAAUUCCAAAUUUCAACCUCAAGUAGAGGAAGACGUAUCAAGUACAGAGUUAGUUCUGGAAGCUGUCAAAAUUAUGGAAAAAGUGGUCAAAAUUAUUGAUAAAUUUAACUUCCAGGAAAAGUCUCCAUGCAGAAAAGAUUCUACAUUAGAUGCCAGGUUUUUAGAGGAAACAUUGGCCUUGUUCUUGGCUAAACUAGUGAAGCUUCCAGGCAUCUCAACUGAAGAUGAAAAAAACUUACCACAGCCUGAGUUAAAUAAAAUUGCAUCUCAACUGACAAAAUCUGUAACAGCUGAAAUCUCUAGAAGUAACAUUAGUCUUGUUGCUGAUGAUUCUAAAAAACAAGUUUUAAAUACAGAAAAUAUAGAAAUGAUUUCUCAUGUUGUUGAUUCUGUUUAUAGUGAUGUCCUACAACAAUCUGGAACCCCAAAAGAACUUUAUAAUGAUAUAAGAAAUACAAACACAGUCUUCCCUAAAAAAGUGGCUAGUUUACUUGUUGAUAGAGUUUCAAGUUUUUCAUCAGAUACAGUUAGCUCAAAAAAUCUAACUGCUGAUAACUCUGGGAAGCUAGACAUUAAUAGAAUUGUUCAAAAAGCACGAACACACUCUGAUGAUACGAUCUCUGACUUAGACAAAGAGGAAUCGGACCAAGAUUUACCGGAAGAGAAAUUUUCAGCUGAAAUAGUUCCACAUGUUGGGAAAAAACCAAUUAAAAUAGAUCCACGUAUUGUUUCUGAACACUUAGCAGUCAUUUCUGUAAAGACUCAACCUCUUGAGAAGCUUAAGAUGGAGUGUUUAAAAAAUACUGGACAUAGUAUAGCAGAAUUGCGAAGAGCUUCAAUAACUGGUAGAAAUUACUCAGACACUUCUUAUUCGGUAGAGAGAAAGAGGGAAAGACGCACCUCGUUGGAUAGGACUGGAAGACUGGAUGUAAAACCCUUAGAGGCUGUUUGCAGAAACUCAUUUCAGAAUAUAAGAAAGCCUGAUAUUAGCAAGGUGGAGCUUUUAAAAGAUGUUCAAGGCAAAAAAGAUCUUAUUAUUCGCUUAGUAGCUCAUGAUAUUGAUCAAGUUAAUGCGGAAGAUUACAUAGAAGAGGAAGCAAAUUCUGAGGAAGAAGAAGUCAUUUUAGGAGAGGUGUUUGCCCAAGACCAAUUUAUAAAUCAUGUGAAAAAGGUCAACAAGCCAGUAGAAAGCAAAGUUUCUCCUAAGCCAACUCCAAGCACCAACAGCCUGAAAAAAUUCUUGUCACUAAGUAAAUGUUGUCACAUAUCUAGUGAAAAUAUUGAAAGUAUUGAACCAAUUUCAAAUCAGAUAAUAGAAUCUAAUGAGACAAAUGUUAAAAGAGCUGUUGCUGAGCUUGACAUGGCCACAACAAAAAUGAUGCCUGAAACAGUCUCUUCUUGGGAGAAAAAGCCACAGUAUAAGAAAGAAGAAAAGAAUCUUGUUACUGAACCUACACAUUACUACAUACAUAGAAUUAUGAGUUUAUCUUCAUACAACCAAGACGAUCUCCUUUCAUCUAUGAGUGAUUUUGAAGAAUAUAAAACAGACGGACGUGCUAAAAUAUUAGAAGAAAAUUCUCAGAAACAAAAUCUAGAGCAUGCCAACAGUGUUAAGUUUAUCACCAUCUUUGAAGGAUCCAAGGAUGUUCUUGGCAGUGCAUCUUCCUCAAAGGAAGCUAUUUCAGAAACUCCUAAGCCCAGUAUCUCCAAACAAGGAUCUAAAAUGCUAGCAAAGGUAUCUUCAGCUCUGUCAAAGGUGUUUUCUAGAUCUAACCCUACCAUUUCUAAAUCUUCUUCACAACCUCACCAGGAUGAACACUGA